AUGAAGCGGUUGACAGCAGGUGGCAGCGCAGGCAGCAGCAGCGGCAGCGUGAGCACGAGCGGAGACCCCCGGAGACCAGACGCGGUUAAGAAGUAUGUGCCGCCGGUGGUGAAUGCGGAGGACCUGCCGAUCGACAUGGCGAGCAUGAUGGCAAUCUUCUUCGGGAUCGCCGGCGUCAUGAUGCGGCAAAAGCUUGCCUGCUGGCUGGCACUUCUUUGCGCAGCACAAGCUCUGGCAAACAUGAAAUAUGUGGAGCAUGAUCUAAAGCAAAUAAUUACUGCGCUCAGCUCCGUUGCUGGAAAUGGGGAAGGAACAGUCGAGGGAGAGGAGAAGGGGAAGAGGACGCUGGAAGGAGGUGAGGAAGGCGAUGUUGACGAUGCCAGUGCCGAGGUAGGGAUUGCACCCGGGAGACCCGAGAACAGCCACAAAGACAGACGCGAAGGCAACGCAGAGGAGGAAGGUAAGAAACGCGCAGCUGUUGACGCGAGGGUCGUCGAACUUGCUGUGACCGCAGUUGUGACAGUGCUGAAGGCAGUUGCUUUGGCGGAGAUCCCUAAUGCGCAGCUGGUGCAGAGGCUGCUGGACGUCGGUGUGCGAGCAACGCUCCACACAGAGACUGAAAAGCCGUCUUCUGCAGAGGGUGUAUCCGCAGGGCUUGUUGGGGAACAGUUGUUGGCGCUGGUGGCUGGUGCUGUUGCUGUUCUGGAUGAGAUGGUGAAAAGAGAGGAGGGGCUAGAUGCGUUGAAUAAGGGAGUGGGUACUUUGCAAGAGGUGCCGCAGGAGGGGGUGGAAAGCGAAGCUGAUGCUGGAAGAGGAGUAGGAGACGGAGAACAUUCAGGAGUUGAGGUUCAGUUGGGGGUUGGUAACUGUAAAGAGACUGCUGUUGUGGGAGGAGCGGGCGGGGCGAGAGCGGAAGUUCUACACGUGCUGCUGUCGUUCCUGUCUCUUGUCCUGUCCGCCUGUAGGGGUAGUGGUGGUCUGGGAAGAGGAGGGAGUGUUCUGGAAGAAGAAGAAGAGACAGGGAGGUUUGAGUUAAGAGAUGAGGAAUUGGGGGAGGGGAUGGGUGAGGAGGGGAUAGAGGAUGAAGACCAAGCAGAGGAAGAGAACGAGAAAGAGGAGGGGGAGGAGGAGGAGGAGAACGAGGAGGAAGACGAGGAUUCAGAGAAGGAAGAGGGCGACGACGAGGAGGAGGAAGAGGAGGAGGAGAAAGAGGAGAAGGGAAAGGUGGUUGACGAUGCAGAAAAACCAGAUGGUGGAGAGGACGGGUGGUCCGAUGAAGAGCUCGAGAUUCGCUUCCUCAACACCCCUGCAGACUCCAUCAGGACCUCCUGCUCCUGCUCAUCACUCCCCACGGCAUCUGGAUCAGCAGCAGGAGCAGCAGCAGGAACAGGAGCAGCAGGGGGAGCUGGAGCAGCAGGAGCGCCAGGGUGGUUGUCUGAGACAGAUUUAUCCGCGCAAGCAGCAGCAGAGGCAGACGAGGAGAGGGCUGUGGCGUCCCGCGUGUGUUCGUUCGUGGUGAGUGGCAGCAACUUCAUGGAGCAGCACUGGUACCUCUGCUACACCUGCGACCUCACAGUCUCCCGCGGAUGCUGCUCCGUCUGCGCUGCCGUGUGCCACAAGGGCCAUAAGCUCGUGUACUCGCGCUUCUCCAGGUUCUUCUGUGAUUGUGGUGCGACGGGGCCGGCUCCCCCGUCUAGCGCCCCUCCUGCCGCUUACACAAGUAGUUCCCUGUCAGAACCUGCUAGGCGCACUGCUGCUGGUAGUGCUGCUGCUUCGGACGCUACGGGCUUGCCGAACCAGGGGGCUUUUAGUCAGUCGGCGACAGGUUCGGGGUCUUCUCCAGCUGCGGUUUGGGAGAGGUUCCGGCGCAGGAGGUCCGGAACAGGCUUGGCGCGGCAGGGGGAGGUUUCAAGGGGAGCGGGGAGAGGGGAAGCCAGUGGGGGGAGUGGGGCAGGCGGGGAUGAAAGCGUUUUCAAGGGCUGCUUUGCACUGAAGCCCCGUCCCGUGGGGUCAGGAAAACAGGCAGCGGCAACAGGAGGGAUAGGGAGAGGAGAGGGCGGAGUGGCUUGGCCAGGAGGCACGUUCGGAUGGCCUGGUGGGUACAGGAACGGAGGGAAGGAUCAAGGUGGUGGUGGUGGGGGAGGAGGAGUGGGAGGAGGUAAAGGAGGGAGUUCUGAAGUUGAAGCGGAUUGGUUGGUGGGAGUGGAGGCGUUUUUGAGCCAAUCAGAGCAUCUGUGUUGGGAAGGGCUGUUGAGGAAGGAGAAACGGAAUGGAGGGGGAGUACUGAGGUUGCAGGAGGGCUUGUGGAGCGAAGAGGUUGUGAGAGGGCUCAGGGGGGCUCUGUCAGGGAAGGCGUGGGGGGAAGAAGGUGCGGAGGAGAAGACAGAGGAGGAGGAGAAGGAACAGGAGGAUGUUAGUGAAGCUGGGCGAAGUGGAGAAGCUGGAGUGAAGGAUGGUGAGAAAGAGAAGCGUCAUGAGGAGACGCUGAUCGACAGUGGAGUGGGCGUGAACGGGGACGUUGCAGCAGCAACUGUAGCAGCAACAGUAGAAGCUCCGGGAGCAGCAACAUCAGCGAUAAUAGCAGCACGAGGAGGAGCAGCAGCAGCAGCAGUGACCCGGGCGUUGGUUAUCAGAGAGCUAAGUCGGCAGCAGGUGGUGGAUACCAUCUGCCAGCUGGCGCGCAGGCAUUGGCUGAGACGCAAGGCACUGGCGAGAGAGAGGGUUGUUCGGGCGAGGAGGGGAAAGAGCAGAGUGAGGUUGGGGGAGGGAGGGGGUGGGGAGGGGGAGGACGGACUUGGUGAGGAGGGGAAGGAGGCGGUGGUGGUGGGCGAGAAGGGGGAGAUGGAAGGGGAAAAGGCCGAGGUGAAAGGGGAAGCGGAGGUGGUGGAGGGAGGGGAAAAGAUGGAGUUUAAAGUGGAAGGGGAAGGGUUGGAGGUGGUCGAGAGUGUGGUGAAGGUGAAGGGAGGAGGUCAGGCAAAGGAGAAAGAAGAAGGUGAGGUGAGGGAGGGGGACGAAGGAGAAGCAAAGAGGGAGGUGGAGGACGGGCAAGAUGGGGUGAGUGAGGGAGUCAAGGAAGGGAAGGAGAAGUCAGGGCGUGCAAAUGAGGAGCCGUCUGAGAGCAAAGAAUCAGGGGCAGAAGGCUCGACUCUGCAAGGCGAGAGCAGUGGGACGGAGGCAGAGGUUGAAGCAAGCUCAGAAGGGAGCGGAGCAGGUGAGGGCAGGCAGGGGACUGUGGUGGCAGAGGUAGUUGUAGCGGCGCCAGAGGCUCCUCCCGCCCUGCCAGCAGCGCUGCUGCCAGUGGAGCAAGCAGACUUAGGCAGACCUCUGCGCAUGUACCCGGCUGGUUCCUUCCCUCUGCCCCCGCCUGCUCCUGUAGCAGGCGAAACAGGAGCAACAGGUGCGGCAGGAGCGACAGGAGCAGCGAAUGUAGCAGGCUCAAGAGGUGUGGCAGAUGUAGCAGAUGCGGCAGGGGUUGGGAUAGGUGGAGCAGGAGCAGCAGCAGGGCCGCCGUCACUCUUGACAAUCAGCUUAGGGGGGAAGGUGGCAAUGGGGGCAGGGUCGACUGUGAGGCUGUGGGAGGCGGAUGAUAUAGUCCCUCGCACUGCUGCCAGUACAGGCGCACAUCAUAGAGGGGAUAAUGACCACGCUGCUGCUGCCGCCGCUGCCGCUGCUGCUGAGCUGGCGCCGAUAACUUCUGACGUGGCACCUGUACCUUCGGUGGAGGAGGCAGCAGCACCGAGGGAGAUAGGGGAGGUGGACGUGGGGUACCCCGUGCACAUGCUCGCCUUCCACCCCACCGUUGACUCGCUGCUGGCAGUCGCAGGGACGAACCAGGUCGAGCCUACCUUCUGCUCUCUUCUUAUCCCUGCUCUCCCCUUCUCCUCUCCUUUCCUUCCCCUAUUCCACCUCCUUCCCCCGCUUCAGGUGUUAGUGCUGGACGAUGACUGCACGCUCGUCACUCGCUCCGCUGUGAACCUGCGCGCUGCUCUCCGCACUGCAAGGAAACACCGCCGGCCACACAGGCAGCAGCAGGAGCAGGCGGAGGAGCAGGAAGAGCACCCACAGGAGGAGGAUGGGGAGGAGGCAGAGGAGGAGGAUGAGGAGGAGGAGGAGGAGGAGGAGGACGAGGAGGAGGAGAAGGGUGAUGGCGAAGCAGAAGCGGAUGGGGCAGGCAAAGUACGUCUGCUCGUGGCGACCCCCUCAGCAGCGCUCCUGUUCGCAGUGGCUGUGGGGUAUGAUGCUCAGCUGGUUGCCACCUUUCCAGCUCCCAGCGAGCCCACUCCCACCCAAUCUCCUGGUGGCCACCCCCUCAGCAGCGCUUCUGUUUGCAGUGGCUGUGGGGCUCGUCUGCUGGUGGCGACCCCGUCAGCGGCGCUCCUGUUUGCAGUGGCUGUGGGGUAUGAUGCUCAGCUGGUUGCCACUUUCCAGCUCCCUGCGAGCCAACCUUCAGGAGGAGGAGCGUCAUAUGCGCGGCAGGAGAAGGAGGGGGAUGGGGAAGAGGGGGAGGAGGAGGGGGAGAAGGAGCGCGAGGGAGGAGGCUCGGACCUACCCUGGCAGCAUCGAGCUCGGGCCGGCCUUCCCACUCAAGCUGCUUUGGAAGAAGCGAGGAAAACAGAAGGAGGAGGAGGUGGAGGAGGAGAAGGAGGAAGUGGUGUAGCUUUGGGUGAGGGCGGAGGGGUUGUGGGAAGGAGGGGAUCUGGGUUCCUGUGUCCGGUGGCAACCCAUGAGGGGUUUCUCGCCUCUCCUGACGGCCGCCGCCUCUUCUUUGCUCGCCUCACACUCUCUGGUCAGGGGUUCCUCGCCUCUCCUGACGGCCGCCGCCUCUUCUUUGCUCGCCUCACACUCUCUGGUCAGGUUGGUGGUAACCAACCUGGUUGUAUUGUGGGCGUGGCAGCAUGUCGAGCUAGUAAGGAGAGGGAGGGUAGUGAGACAGAAGAAGAGGAGGAAGAGGAGGAGGAGGAGUACGAGGAGGAAGAGGAGGAUAUGCAAGAGGAGGAGCAGAGGGAGGGUGAAAGCGAGAGUGGGAGGGUUCAGGCUCAGGAGAUUGGUCAGGUGGAUGGGGAUAACCGUGUGGUGCUGCUGUAUCAGGAUGAAGUGCGGUUCUCAGUGCAAGGCGUGAGAGGGAGCAGGAGUGGCGGAGGUGGGGGGAGUGGUGGGAGCAGCGGCAGCAGGAGUGGGAGUGGGAGUGGGAGUGGUAGUGCUGGUGGUGGUGGGAGGAGUGCUGGUGGUGCUUCAGGGUCUGCUGCUGACGUGGCAGGGAUGAGUGACAUGGACAGUGAAACCGUGCUGCAUAAUCUCAUGGCCGAGGACGGCUUCUUGGAAGCUUCCUCCUCAAAGGGUUUCAAGAUCACCAUAAACAACACCAAUUUCAGUCUUCUCCUAGUGGGAAUCCGCGUCCUAGUGGGAAUAUCUCCCUCCUCGCACACCCCCUCCUCCCUCUCCCUCUUCCACCGCUCCCUCCCCCUCGACCGCUCCUCCCGCCGCUGGUACGAUCUCCCGUUCACUCCCGCCGAAUCCCUGCUGGCAGACCGCCACGUCAGCAUCCACGUGGGCCCCGCUUUUGGGGAAGAAGAGGAGGAGAAGGAGGAAGAGGAGGAGAAGGAGGAAGAGGAGGAGAAGGAGGAAGAGGAGGAGAAGGAGGAAGAGGAGGAGAAGGAGGAAGAGGAGGAGAAGGAGGAAGAGGGGGUGGGCAGCCCCCUGAGAGGUGGUGGUGCUGCAGAGUUGCUGCUGGGCUUGUGCCGAUCGCUGCAUCCAUCGCAGUCUGAUUUUGUCAAGGUAUUCCGGCAAACUCUGUUUUGUCUUGUGAGAGGUGGUGGUGGUUCUGCGGGAGAAGGGUCCAUGGCAGAGUUGCUGCUGGUCUUGUGCCGAUCACUGCGUCCAUCGCAGGCUGAUUUCGUCCAGGCCUGCGACUCAACAGAGCUGUCUCUCGCCUUGAAGACACAGCCCAACCAUCGGGCAUGUGCUCUUCAGAGGCACAUGGACGCUUUCGCUCACAUCGCACUGCUGCGACCCUCCAGCCUCCGCCACUUCCUCUCCGCCACACCCACUACAGGCGCUUCAAGCGCCGCUCCCCUAGAAGACCUGCAUAACCGCCUUCUCUCGGUGCUUCAGGGUCCAGACGAGAGUGCUGCAGAUGGGACAGAAGAGAGGGGCGAUGACAAGGGUGCAGGCAGCAAGGGGAUGGGUGGCAAAGAUACAGGUGGCAAGGGGGUGGGGGAAACGGAUGCAGAUGGGAAGGGUGUGGGGGGGAAAGGAAAGGAUGGUGGAGAUGGCAAGGGGAUGGAGAGAACGGAUGCAAGUUGCAACGAGGGGGCUGAUCGGGUUUCUGAAGGGGUGAAGCAAGCGCUGGUGGCCUCAUACAUCAAGACCCACCCUGGACAUUCUGUGCUCACCACGCGUUGCGCUCCCCUCUCUGUCUUUGCGUCUCUCCCUGCGUCAACUUGUGUCAACCACAGGAUGGCUCUCUGUGCUCUCUUCCUGCCGCCGCCUCCUCUCCCGUCGCCGCCGCCACUGGCCUCCCCCCAGCCGUCCAUGCAGCAUGGAACAGCAGCAACCAACGUGGUUGACACAAGCAGCAACCAGGGAGCAGCAGCAGGAGCAGCAGCAGCAGCAGCAGCAGGAGGAGGAGGAGCACCCCAAAGCUUCACAUCAGACAGUGCCAAUGUUUCUGGUGUCAACACUGGGUUUGGCGCAGAUGGCGCUGCUCUUGGUGCUACAGCUGGAACUGCUGGUUUUGGGUCCUAUGUGGAGAGCGGGGUGGUGGAGGGGGGGGGCUCAGCAGAAGACAUGGACAUAGACCAAUCGGACAUGACUCACGGGUUUGGGCAUGAGUUCGAUCAGAACAUAGACCCGCAGCUGUCGGUGGUGCAGUUCUGCUGUGAUUCCUGCGGCGUGUGCCCCAUCCAGGACGUGCGAUGGCACUGCCUCGUGUGUGACGAUUUCGACCUCUCAGAUGGCAUGGGGGAGGAAGGAGGAGUGGAGGGGCUUAUGGAUAGGCUUGGGUACGGGUUUGGUGGGGAGUCUGGUGAGAAUGGUAAUGCUGCUGAGGAUGGUACCGCUGGUGCUGAGUAUGGUACUGGGUUGGAUCCUGGUGGGUCAAUCGGUGGCUCAGGGAUUGGGGAACCAGGGGUAGAAGCACAUAGCGAGAUGGAACAGCAGGAGCAGCAGGGGGCCUAUGGGACUGAUGGGACGGACAAGAGGGAAAACACAGGGAAUAUGGUGAAGGAUGGAGAGGAGGAGGAGGAGGAGGAGGAGAAAACGAAGCAGGAGAAGGCGAGGUGGGAGGAGGUGAGGAUGUGUAUGAACCACGUGGGAUGGGAGGUGCUGCAGCAGCUGCUCUCCUCCUUCUCCCCUGGAUGGUCCCUCCCGCCCCAACCCACUCUCACCCCCCCCUCCUCUGAUCGCUCCCCUCCCAUGCCACUGCUGCAGCUGCUCUUGCGCGUAACAGGAGCAGGGGCAGCAGGGGUGGGGCCUAUGGGGGUUGCUAUGCCAAGUGUAGGUUCUAUUGAGAAGGAGAGGAAGGAGAAGAACGGAGGGGCAAGGAAGAGGAAGGAGAAGGAAACGGGUGACCUGGAAUCGCCUGGAGCCCGGCUACUGACGUGGACGCUGACGUGGCUGGUUGAUGAGCUGGAGCACAGCUGGCGCCAGUUGUCCGGAGCGAGGGAAGGGCGUGUGGAUGCCGGUGCUGGUGGUGUUAGUGCUGACAUGGCAGCUUUGACCUGCCUCUUGGACCGCUCUUCAUGCUCCGCUGCCAGCAGGCUCCUCGCCCUCCUCCACUCCGUUGUUUCCUCCUGCCACCCACACGCCCCACUCGCCGACACAUCUAGUUCCACCGAGACUAACCCCUCUGGGGUUGGAGGGAAGGGGAGAGAGGAGCUGCUGCAGUGGGCGCUGUGCCUUGCUGCUGAGGUGGCACCCGUAUGCCUAACAGAGAAAGGUGUACCGAUUGAGGAGGAAUUUGUGAGCGAGAAGGGAUUGGAGUGGGCAUGGCAGCCACUGCUGUGUGCGUACCUGCAGAGAGGUGCUUUAGAGGGAGCUUUGGCUCAGCCCAAGGAACAGGAGCGGACCAAAGAGGGCGCGGUUAUUGCCCAGGUAGAUCUGGGACGGUUUGGAGCGGUUGAGAGUGGUGGGAAUGGUGGUGCUGGGGGUGGUGAUGGCGGAAAGCCGCGGGAGGAGGGAGGGGGUGGAGCAGGAGGGAUGGGAGGGAGAGAAGGGAAGUAUGUGCGGCAACUGUUGCUGCUGUCCUGCGGAGGGAAUGAGAGGGAGUGUGUGAGGAUGCAGCGAGUGUGUAAGCUUGCUGCAUACAUGCAUGGCCUUCACUCCUGUCUCCACCCUUACCUCCCUCUUCCCGCCUCCUCUCCCCACCUCCCAUCCCCCUCCUCUCAACACCUCCCAACCCCCUCCUCCUCUCCUCACCUCCCAUCCCCCAUCCCUCCACCUCCUCCCUACUCCAUCAAAGUCCAAUCCCUCCUGCUCCUCAACGCCACCGUCCACGUGGCACAAUCUCAGCCGUCCACGUGGCGCUGGUACUGCGCAGGCAAGGACACGUCAGCGCUACAGCUGCUGGCGGCUGUAGCGGCCGCUACAUCCUCCCCCCGCUGGGCCACAGAGGAUGAACCCCUCGCUGUGUGCGCGCUACAGCUGGUGGCCCUGGCGUUUGACUGUGAUAGCAGCGGCAGUAAUGGUAGCAGCAGCAGCAAUGCAAGCAGGGGUGAAGGCAGGGGUAGCAGGAGGAGAAGGAAAAGAGAGGGGUUUGGUGCGGUUGAUAUGGGUGCACAAGCAGCUGCUCUGUUUGGCCUCUUAUCAGAGUCACAGCAGCAGUUAGAGCAGGCCGCGAGGCAGGAGGGGCAGGGGCAGGAGGAGGCAAGGAAGGAAAGUAGCAGCAGUGAUGGCGCUGCCAGUGAAAGUAGUAGCAUUGUUCAGUUCAUCUCAUCCUUUGUGCUCUCCGCUGCCUCUGCCAGGCUGCGAUCCCAGGGAUGCAUGGUGAUGCAGGGAUUGUGGAAUCACGCCUCUCCAUCUCUCCGCAACUCCAUCCUCUCCUCCCUCUUCGCCAUUCUCCCACACACACCUUCCCUUGGCUCCCACGCCCUCAGCUUCUCCCGCCUCCUCUCUCUUUUCUUGAACUGCAGGGAACGUGGUAUCAUCUUCUCCCGCCUCCUCCUCUCGCUCCUCGCUGACCUGGCGUCCAGUCAGCAGCCAGCUGGCACCGCUGACGUGGCAACACGGGCCGCAGCCGUGCUGCUGACGCAGCUGGCGCAACAGAGUCAAGCGGUGGCCAACCAUCCGAGCUCAUCACUCAACUCUGCCUUGCAUAGACUGCUGGGCCCUGAGAGUGAGGGAACAAGUGCUGCUGCUGCUGCUGGUACUGCUAGUGGGGGCAGUGGUGCUGGUAGUGGUGGGGGUAGUGGUGCUGGCAGUGGCGGUAGGUCAGGUGCAGCAGGAACAGAAGCAGCAGGAGGAGCAGGAGCAGGAGGAGGGGGAAGAGGAGGAGGAGGAGGCAGGGGAUCGGUGUGGGGGGAGGCAGAUGGGGAGCCGUGUGCAGUGUGUGCGUAUCCCGAGGCGGUGUGGGGGAGUGUGAGGAUGGAGAGUGUGCGGCAGGAGGUGCGCUUCUCCGACUGCCGCAUCUUCCUGCGCCUCACAGAGCCGCAUCUCAUCAAGGGUUUCACCAUGACUGUGCAUGACUCAAGAAGAGGCCGUUCCGUGAAGGACCUUCGGCUGCUGGGGAGCAACAGUGCUGCCUGUGACCUGCAGCAGAUCAAGACCGCUACAGACGAGCUCUGCCGCCCGCUCGCCCGGUGCCAGCUGGCGGCCGACCAGCCUGAGAUCCGCGUGGAGCUGCCUCUGCCUGUGGCUCUGCGCUUCAUCGUCGUGGAAUUCGCUUCCUUCCAUGAGAACCACCUGUCGACAUCGUCCUCCCGCGAGUCGCUGCAGUGCCCGCGGUGUAACAGAGUGGUAACAAGCCGGCACGGCAUGUGCGUGGUGUGCCAUGAGAACGCCUUCCAGUGCCGCCAGUGCCGCUCCAUCAACUACGACAACCUCCACGCCUUCCUCUGCCCGCAAUGCGGCCACUGCAGGUACGGUCGGUUUGAUUUCGCACUGCAAGCUCACCCUUGCCCUUCCUCCAUCGACCCGAUUAUCUCCGAGGAAGCUUCCAAGAAGGUUGCAGCAGCACUGGAGGCCGAGGCUGGGUCAGCAACCCGGCUCCGUCAGCAGCUGCAGGCGCUGCGCCGGCCAAUCGUGCGCCUCGUUUCGUCCAUUAUGGAUGAUGACGCAGCUGCUGACGUGUCAGCAGCUGACUUGCUGAAUCCCGGCCCGAUCUCAGCAGGAACAGCAGGAGGAGGGGCAGGAGGAGGAGCAGGAAGAGCAAGAGGAGCAGGGGGGGCAGGAGCAGGAGGGCUUAGCAGAGAGCGGGCAGUAGGAGGGCGAUCUGGGCUGGAAGGUGGUGGGGGUCUGUCGUCCCUGCUGCAACUGGCAGCAGCAGCAGGUGGGGCGGGGGGCAGCGGUGCAGCAAGAGGAGGAGGGGGAGCAGGGGGAGGAGGGGGGGCAGGAGGAAGGGGAGGAGGCACGGGGGGUCUCGGGUCCGCAUCAUCCCUACUAUCAGCCUUGCUGGGAGGCAGGCUAGGGGCAGGAAGAGGAGCAAGAGGCGGCGGGUCCGGGGCAGGAGGAGGAGGAGCGGCUGGAAGUGGGCUUCUGGAUUUCAACCUGUUUGAUGAUCUGCUGGCUGCUGCUGCUGCUGGCCCUGGUGCUCAUUCCGGUUCUGGUGGUCUGUUCAGUUCUGGUCUAGCCAGGGACACAUCAGGGGGUUUAGGAGCAUCAGGCAUACCGGCAGCAUCUGGAGCGUCAGGGAGAGCAGUGGGCGGAGGAACAGGCACAGAAGCAGCAGCAGCGUCGGCUGCAGCGGUGGCGGCAGCAGGAGAGGAAAUGCUGCUGCAGCUGCUAGAAGCCUUCCCGCCCCUCUCUGCCGCUGGAUCAGGUACUGGUAAUUCGUCCAGCACUGGUACUGCUGGUGGUGGCGGCGGCGGCGAUAGUACUGGUGGCGCCGGUGCUGCUGGUGCGGGUGGUGACGCUUCCCUGUUCUCCACCACCGGUGGCCUCCCUCUUUCUUCCGCAUCUAUCUCAGCAGCAACAGCAGCAGCCGCUCAGGCGCACGCACUCCUCCCCAUCCCAGCAGCCCCCUCCGCCCUCCUCUCUCUCUCCGCCAUCCCCACCAUCUUCUCCUCCUCACUCCUCUCCGGCCCUCCCUCCUCUCGCUCCCGCGCCCGCCACCUCUUGACCCACCUCGCUCUCACCUCCCCCCUCGCCUCACACAACCUACUGGAUCUAAUCGAAUCUAAGGUUUCUGCUGCAGUGGGCAGCUAUCUGCUUGCUGAUGUGGCGCCAGCUGUCAAGGACCCGUUGCUGCUCCUUGCUGACCUGUCUUCGUCCCCAUCCGAGUCAGACCCGAGCUCAUCAGAAUCUGCCGUUUCGUCUCCUUCCAUGAAGCUUCUUUGCCUGCAGCUGGCUACGCGUCUGUUCUUCCAAGCCCUCGCCACCACCCAUCUGCACCCCUCUGUAUCAGACCAUGUGCUGCUGCCCACCCUCCGUAUAGUCACCUCCUCUUGCAAGCACGCUACCUUAGAGGGGCCAGAGAGGCAGAAUGGGGCAGAUUCUCAGACAGGAGGAGAAUAUUCACAGAAUGGGGACGAGAUAUCGAGGAGUGCAAAUAGCAGUAGCAGUGGUACCAGUGGUACUCCUGAGGUUGACCCUUUGGCGCCCGCAGUUCGCAAGUUUGCCGCCCGCUGGCGUGAUCGCAUCCGUGAGCGCAGCGUCCUGGACGGCAGGCUUCGGCUGCUAGUGCGCUCUUUCGGCAGUUGGUGUUUCGGCAGCAAGCAUCUCUUCGCCCAGCCUGGAAAAGAUCACCUCCAAGGGAAUCAAAUAUUUCUCACUGCAGAUCUAAUCGCCAGCUGUCGCUCGCCGCCCGGUCUCCGAUUAGAGAUCUGCGAUCUGCUCGAGCUGCUGGCAGGGGUGGCCCCUUGUUACAAUCACGCUGUGCUAGAAUCACUGCUGACCCUCCUCCCUGCCACCACACACGCCGGCGAAGCCUCAGCAGAAUACUUCUCGCUCCUCUCCCGCCUCCUCUCCUCUCCUCACCCUCCUGCCUCCAGCAGACCAUCGCAAAACAGAACCGCAUCCUCUUCCAAUACAUCCCUCCUUUCCACUCAGUUCCGUCCCUAUUCGUACUCAUCAGCAGCCCAGGGAAGCCUCUCCCCCCUCCGACCCCCUCCAGGCACAGCCGCUCGUGCUCUCCCCUCCUCCUCCUCCUCCUCGUCUCGUCCUGCUUCCACCCGUUCCUCCUCAAACCAACCCUCAGUAGACCAGCCGUCCGUGCAGCACUCCUCUCUGCUCUUCCUAGCAGCCCGAGGCGUCCUCCCUGCCCUCACCUCCUUCAUUUCUCACUCCGUUGCCCAGCUGCAAGCACACGAGUCCCGGGCUAUGGCACCACUGCUUGCUCCGUCCUCCUCCUUCUCGCUCCCGCCUUUCGCCGCUUCAUCUGCUGUCUCUGCUGCCCCUGCUGCUGCGUCUGCCUCGGCGGCAUAUCCCAUCCUGCAAGCCAUUCGGCUGCUGCACCAGGCCGUGCAGCAUCCCAAGCUGCUCAAGCUCUUCCUUCACUCAGCAUACAGGCGCAAAUUCUCAGAAAAGCCUGCUUCUGCUGCGUUUCCUUCCCCCUUUCCUUCCCCCCCGUUUCUUCCCCCCUUCCCCUCCCCUCCAUUCCUCCUCCGUCAUCUCUGCAACACCAUCUGCCCCACACGUCCCGAGCCCGAAUACGAGAUGCUGCUCAUCAAGGCAGCAACACUCACGAUGCACCCCACCUGCUAUCUUCCUCUUCUCCUUCUUCCCCUUCCCUCCCGUGCCUUCGUGUCCCUUCUCCAGUUCCUUCUCCGGCAUUUCUGCAACACCAUCUGCCCCACACGCCCCGAGCCCGAAUACGAGAUGCUACUCAUCAAGGCAGCGACACAGGAGGAGUUCCUCCCAGGGCGCCUGCAGCACAACCCCUACUCCUCCAAACAGGGAUGUGAAGAAUCUGAUCUGCAAGAGUUGGAGCUGCAUGGGCUGAUGGACAACGACUAUGGCAUGGUGCUGCUGGUUGGCCCUCUAAUGAGGGAUGUGAAGAACCUCAUCUGCAAGGAGCUGGAGCUGCUGGAGCUGCAUGGGCUGAUGGACGACGACUAUGGCAUGGCGGUGCUGGUGCUAUCACUGGCACUGACAACGCUGAUGGCCUUAUUCCACCCUCUAAACCCGCUUGUGUGCAUUCCAGGUCGGCCCUCUAAUGAGAGACGUCAAGAAUCUCAUUUGUAA